GCAGCUGAGUCCUAAGAAAGCUCUCUCGAUCCGCCACGACGCCCAAUUGAGAGCAAGCCUCUGUAAUAAUUCUGUCUUUGCCAUGGCGCGAGCACACCGUGUCGCCGUUCUUGCUCUUAUUUCCAUCGCGCUCUAUCUUCUCGUCAUGUUCCAAUUCUUCUCAGUUCCCUUUGUCGACGACGCAGUAGUGCAGGAGAUCAUUCCUGUGGUUCCGUGGUGGUUGUUGGUGUCGUUUGGGUCGUAUUCUCUGUGGUCGUUGGGAUGGGGGCUGUGGACGUUUAGAGACUGCCCAGAAGCGUAUACGGAGCUCAUGGCUGAGAUAUCGCAAGCCAAAAACGAGCUCAGAACGAAGGGUGUGACUGUGGAUUAGAUGGUACGCAGCAGCACUUGUCUUUGGAUUGUCUUUGACUGUUCUUUAGCAGCAUUGGAACUUGCUAUUUUCUUGGAGGUGAUGAGGAAGCAAUGCUGGAGAAUUGUUGAACAGGAUUAUUUAGCUUGAUAAUGUAUUCGAAGCCAUGCCGGCAAAAGCCGGAC